UCUCUUUUCUUAAAAUUGAUGGACGGUGUGAUACAAGUAAACACAUUCGCUCAUCGAAAAUAAUUUUUAAAAUCUGUCAACAUCUGUAUAGCAGUUUUAUAAUUGUAGAAUAUUAUUUAAUAAUUUAUAAGAAUGCCACCAAAAUUCGAUCCUACCGAAGUUAAAAUUGUAAAUUUAAGAUGUGUUGGUGGAGAAGUUGGAGCAACCUCAUCACUGGCCCCCAAAAUCGGUCCACUUGGUUUGUCUCCAAAAAAAGUUGGUGAUGAUAUUGCCAAAUCAACAGCAGAUUGGAAAGGAUUAAAAAUUACAGUACAGUUAAAAAUCCAAAAUCGACAAGCUACUAUUUCUGUGGUACCUUCAGCUGCUUCCUUGGUAAUCAAAGCACUUAAAGAACCUCCACGUGACAGAAAGAAGCAAAAAAAUAUUAAACAUAAUGGAAAUUUAACAUUAGAUGAAAUCAUAAACAUUGCAAAAACAAUGAGACCUAGAUCAAUGGCACGACAAAUGUCUGGCACAGUUAAAGAAGUACUUGGUUCAGCACAAUCUGUUGGAUGUACUGUUGAUGGUAAACCACCACAUGAUGUUAUUGAAGAAAUCAAUGCAGGAAGCAUUGAAAUUCCAGAAGAAUAGGAAAUUAUGUAUUUUUUGCAGUAAAUAAAAACAAAAAAAACGAAUUUCUAA